AUGUUCCGGGUCUGGCAGCGAAGCUUCUGCCUCAGUUCAGCGACAUUGUUUGUGAUUGUGUGCUUCCCUUUUCGGAUUUUGAUGCAAGACGGGAACCUUCCGAUCCCGGUCAACAUCUUACACGGUCCCAGCAACGCGGCAAGCAGGGCAUCCACACUCUUGCACAUGCAGCAGCCGGAGGCAAUUCCGAAACGCGAAGUACUGAUCUAUACGCACGCCAAAGUCGGUUCUGUUUCCUUAACUAUUGGUUUCAAAAAUGCUGGAGUGGGUGCAGCUCAUGCACAUACACUUGAAGCUGCACGGCAAUGGCUGGCAGGUAAUUCCGUGCGCGGCAUUUUUCAAUCGCGCGACAGGUGGGCAGAUGAGGAGCUGGCUCUAUAUGCCGGUGAAGAAUGUUUCAUCGUCACUGCUGUUCGCAGUGGUUUCGAGUUUUACCCUUCGGGGUACUUCCAGUCAAUGUUCAACCAUACCAUCCCAUGGGGGUAUCGCCCGCAUGGUCCGAAGACAAGAUAUCACGAUUCUCCAAAUGCAUCGACGUCAGACUGGACGGUAGGAAUCGUCCAACGUAUGGGAGAGGAAAACAUCACUGCACUGAUAGCUGACUUCAAAGCACAACUCCCAAUCGUGAUUAGACACUGGAUGAAAAUCUGGUUCAGAGAGCACUUCUACCCAGCGACAGAAGUUGAUGUCUUUCAACGGCACUUUGACUUCGAAAGCAAGCACAUGUUUUUUGAAAGAGGCACCCGUCGGUGUUCUGUGCUGCUCUUGCGCCAUGAAGACAUCGACAAUUGGGACGGCAUCUUGCAGCAGUUUUUCCCAGGCUUCAGACUUCCCAGAGAGAACAUUGGACGGCACAAAUGGUACGCUUCGGUUUAUGCCAGAUUCAAGGAGGCCAUGACCUAUACGGAGGCAGAGGUGGAACAAAUUUGCACCACUGACAUCCAGAGACACUUUUACACCACACCGCAAUGUGCAAAAUCGGCCAGACAUGACCUUCAGUCAUGA